AUGUUUCAGUGGAUUGAUGAGUUUGAUAGCGGUCCUAACCAAACCACCGUACCGGCGGAUUCAGUCGGAGACCUUAUCUACGUGUUUGGCGGCGAAUUCGAUGGAGAACGGUCAUUGAUGCAAGUGUUCGUGCUGAACACUCGCAAUAUGAAGUGGUCCGUAGCGGUACCGAAUGAGAAAGGUUUGAGUGCGCCUAGCUAUCGCUACGGUCAUUCUGUGGUGGCAUACGGACACUGUAUCUACGUGUGGGGUGGAAAUACCAUCUCGAAAACAAAUGAGCUGUACUGCUUCAACACAAUGACUUCAACGUGGCGGCUGAUCGAUAUCGAAACACAACCAGCCAACCGAUAUGACCACUCUGCGUGCCUUUAUGGGAAACGAAUGUACAUUUUUGGUGGAUUUUGUGUAAUUCGCGGUGAAGAAUAUAAUGAUGUGCAUUACCUGGAUUUAGAGACUCACCGUUGGCAUCAUGUCGAAACCACUGGUCACCAUCCAGUUGGGACACGCUAUGAUUCAGUAGUGGUUAUCAACCACAAGAUAUUUUCAUUUGGAAUGUUAGGAAUAGCGUACCUGGACCUCAGAGAGAGCCACUGGCAUUCAGUAGAAGACAAAAAUCGCUACAUAGGAUCUAAUAUUUGUUUCUCCUACCGAAACAAGUUGUACAUUUUGUCAGAUGACAAUUCUGCUUGUGGUUGGUUCCACAAUACCGCGAAAUGCCUUGAUCCGGAGACAUUUGAAUGGAAGAGUGUGCGAAUCCUGGGGGCGCCGCAGAAAACACGCUGGGGACAUAGAUGCGUCGUGAUCGGUGAAAGGUUGUUUAUGUUCGGCGGCUUGAGAAUGCAUCGCCCACGCAGACCUGCGCCGCUCUUCAGAGGAGGCACAUUGGUACUCAGCUUGAACGUAUCCUUACAAACACUGGCGAUACACGCGAUAAUCGAGAACAAGCUGGACGUCUCCUCUCUACCCAAACCCAUCCAAGCAAUUAUUGAAUAUGAAAAACUUGGGGCAAAUUGA